AUGGUGGGAACUCGGUCGGGUAAGAACAAGUCGGCAUUAGCCCAAGCGGGAAGGUCAUCUCCGAAGAAAAGAAUGGAAUGGGCCGAUAAGGAGGGCCCCUGGGUUUUGUCGAUUAGCAGAGCAGCGUGCAUAGCAGAGGGGUAUGCGAAAAAGAGCAAAUUUACCCGCGCCGAAAUUAAGUCCUUGCUCGGCAUUACGCUGGCCCAAUGGAGGAACAUGUUCGAAGCUGUGCACGACUACUUUGUCGAGAAUGCGAUUGCCAGCAGAACUAUGGCAACAGACGAGCAAUGGGACGAGGCCGUGAGACUCCUGCUCAGUUAUCCGCCCUGGAAUAAAUUCAGACGCCUGCUUCAACAGCCGGAGGAAGAUUGCGCCUUACAAGGGGCCUUGAUCAAAGUCUGUGUGAGCAGUACACUCCAAGAUCUUGCCAAACGUAAGUCUGCUGAGGAUAGAGAGAAGUUCUCUGAGGCACUCAAAGAGAAGGAGCAUGCGGCGAAGUCAGCGAAGGCGAAAGCAGCAAAGAAGAAGGAGACCAAGGGGAAGGUGACCGACACAAAAGGCAAGGGCAAGCAGCGCGAGACGGCGCCAACUCGCAGUUCGACAAAGAGGAGCAAGCAGGCUCAGGCGCCUCUGCCUGACGACGAGGACGAGGUCUACCCUAACAUUGACGAAUUUGCCUCGUCGGAAGACGAAGCGGAGAAGCUGAGGGACAAGGCAGACGUCGGAGAUGAGACGGACGACGAAGAGACAUCUGAGGAAGCCGAUGAGCCCUUCUCGGUGAAGACCCGGAAGGUCGAAAGGGCACCAUAUCUUAGUGAUCGGCCUAUCGGCAUUUCGCAUUGUUUCCCCUCCAAAUACCGCUUUGAGCGACUCGGAGGGGCGAAGUUGGGACUACGUCGGAAGCCUUGGGAAAUGCUUAAUUGGACUCCAAGAACCUUUAGUGGGCAUCCCUACCUGACGUUUAGUUCACUUCCCGGUCCGUAUCUAUCGGAGGUCGUGAGGAUGGUCAGGGGGGUACAACUAGACCCUGAAACCCGCGGCGGUGCUUCUGACUUGCCACACCCCGCGAUACGCCAUUUGGUCAGGUCUCUUGUGCUCGACGAGAAGUUUUCCAAGACCGCGUCGGGUCAAUAUCGUGUUUACCGGCCGUUACCUGAACAGGUCAUCUUCCUACAGUCGGAGAAAGAUAAAUGCCAGGCAGACUCCACCGCCGACGACGACAACGAAGGCGAGGGUGAAGGUGGAGGGUCGAGUUCCCAUAAAAAGCCCAGAGGAGAGAACGCCGGAGAGGGCAGCUCGAGCAAGGUGGGCCCGAAAGGCAAGGCAGGGGGUAGCUCGAGCAAGGCGGCCCAGAAAGACGACGAUGAUGGCGACGACGACGACGAAAAGCGCGAGGAGGACGAGAACGUCGAUGACGAGGAAGAAGAAGAGGAGGAGGACGAGGAAGAAGAGGAGGAAGAAGAGGAGGAGGAGGCCCCAAGGAGAAAGAAGACAAAGACACCUGGGCUCAAGACGCCGGCCAAGAUGCCGCCAUCCAAGACACCCGGGCCCAAGACGCCGGCCAAGACGCCGCCAUCAAAGACACCCGGCCCGAAGACCACGGCCAAAACACCUGCUCAGACUACUGCUGCCCAGCGAGGAGGGAAAAGAUCGAGAGCACACCAUCUGUUCGAUGAGCCUGCUGAGAGCUCGCCCUAUGAGAGUGAGCAGGAGGAAGAGCAAGGGGACUUAAUACCAGAGUACGAAAGCCGGGCCACAGGUUCACAAGCUGACAGCGCUCCGGAGUCUGAAAGAACUAUGCAAGAAGAGAUGCCCGGCGAAGAGCCUGCCGGGGAAAGUAGUUACGUUAAUGAUGGCCCUGAUGGGGGUAUUCCUCACGGCGGGCGCGGGAACGAGUCAAUCGAUAUGGAAGCGCGAGGACAAGAAACGGAGUCUGAAGACGAUGUCUCCGAAUACGGGGACCCAUCACAAAGAGCUUCACAGAUUGAUUUACAGCUUCAUGGCGAGAUGUAUUUGACAAAAGACGGGAGAGUCAAUGCCCGACAACCUACGAGCUCGCCACUCUCAAGCCUACCACCCCAGGAGUCUCAAUUUCAGCAAUCCUCGUCGAGGGAUACGUUACCGUCGGCCGCACAAAAUAGAGAAUCUGACGCGAACCAGCCACAUGACACUUUUUAUGCCUCCCCCGGCCGUGGUAAUAGGUCUCCUACCCGUCGAAACGCCCUAACUAGUCAGACACAUACUCACUCCGGUUAUCAAGAUUCUGAGUCUAUUAGAACAUCGUCGGGGGGGACCCGCCCCGAAGUCCGUCGUCAACUUUCUGAGCUUUCUAGACCGGCGUCGACAAGAGCCCCUUCCAAAGUCGUCAGGAGUACAGAUUAUGCUAGUGGCAGCGGCGGUGGGUAUUCUGGAGAGUCGUCAUCACAAAAUCUACUAGCGCCGGUAGACCCUACCGAUCCCAACAAAACCAGAGCUCUCCGACAUCUUAGCUUAGGGCAAUUCGACAUUGAGCUGAGGACUCUAAUCGAAAAAGCUGGAUGGCAUCUCACCAAAGAGACACUAUUCAAAAAUCCGAUGCCCUCGGUAUUGGAAUUGGCAUCCAUGGUCAGAAAUUCAUGGGAUUUUGCCAGGGCGGGAACCGACUUUCCAGCGGAGUUGUCGACCGGCGUGUCCGGGCAGGUGAGGUUUUAUCAUCAACGGACUCCCGGCAUGACCGGCGAGCAAGCAAAAGCCCGUGUCGAUUACCUCCUGACAGAUGACCGUUUCAAUUGUGAUCCCACUCAUUACGAGCCCACGCAAUGGCAUUUCGCCGCACCUCAAAUACCGCGUUUUAUCGUCUACGCCUACUAUAAGACCAAUCGUGGGAUUGCCGUCAACCAUCCGGAAUUUGAGAGUUGUAUCAACCCGUCUUUUCUCUGCCUGGUUUCUACUGUACUUUACCAUGCGCUGAGAGUCCACGUAAUUGGAGGCAGCAACUGGAAGAAUGGUGUCUUCAAUAAGGACUAUUAUGGCGUAAUUUUCGAGAGGCACAUGCGCACAUGGAAGAGGUCCUUCCCCGACGAUGAGACGUCAAAUCUAGUACUGAAAGGGAUUCGACACGAGAUAUUGAAACGGAUCAAGAGGACAAACUGCUGCAGGAUUACCGCUACGGAGAGCAGGGAGGCAAUUAUUGACCCUGGAGUAGGCAGCUUUUUGGAGGGUCUCCGAUCCAAGCUCAGUACGGAGACUGACGACGACGAUAUGGGGUCCGACGAGGCAGGCGAUCCGCCGUUUGACGAUGAUGACGGGGAGGAGGGCAAUGUCACUCCAUCUACAGUCGGGGACUACGUAGUCGAUGCAGAAAGCCAGAUAGAUGGGACUAUUGGAACAACUACCGGGAUUAAUGUAAAUAUUGAAAAAGACGUAGAGAGAGAUGUCAGUAUGACGCAGGGCGGAGAAGAGCACUCAGGAGAAGUGGUCAGAAGACGGAGAGGGAGACCGCGCAGGAGCAAAGUACAAAGGGAUGACUUUCAUAGACCAAGAUGCGAGCAUAAUGGUAGAGGGGCUACCUCCUAUGUCCAGAAGACGAGCUCGUCUUUAGACGUCGGGACGACGUUUUUGAGGGAUAGGAGAAGGUUUUCGUCUUUAGCCUUCGCGAUAUCGUCGGUUGCCCAAGAGAUGCAGGGCUCUCGUCGCGGGGCACCCAGGUGUCGGUAUGCAGUAAGAAAUCGCUUUGUGUCGUCUGGAGCGUCUGGGGGGUCUGGGGCGCCCAGGCGUCACAAGACGAGACUUCAUUUUUUGCUGAUGAACGCUGCUGAAUUAUUUAACAACAUCGCUGUCCUCGUCCAACGUAUCCGCCACGAGAGGGAUCCCGCUCGUACACAACUCGCCGCCGCCAAUGAAACCAUCGACAACCUUGAAGAGCAGGUAACCCAGGUCAACCUCGACCUCAAUGUCGCUCGCGCCGCAUCCGCCCCUGCCGUCUCUGCCCCUAUUGUCGCUGCUCCCCCACCUACUACUGUCUCCACCUUCAGAUCCGAAAAGUUCUCAGACCCUGAAAAAUUCGACGGCACCUGUACCAAGCUCACCGGGUUCACCACCCAACUCCGAAUGAAACUUGAGGUCAACAACGAUCGGUUCCGAAACGAGGCAGCAAAAGUCAUUCCACUCGUUAAUGCUAACCCUGCUGCUCCCUUCUCCUCUGCCACUGCAUUCAUUGCCCACCUGGAAGCCUCGUUUGGAGACCCAGAUCCUCGGGGUACCACCCAUCGCCAACUGGUCGCCCUGAAGCAAGGCAAAGGAGACUUUGCCAUCUAUUACUCACAGUUCCUCCGUAUUGUGGCCUACCUAAACUACAACGAAGGAGACAAGAUCGAUGCCCUGUCCGAAGUACUGUCAGAAUAUCUGAAGGAUGCCAUGACAUACCGGAUGGACAGGCCUAACACUGUAGAGGCAUACGCCACCAGGUUAAUGACAAUCGACAACCAGGUUCGGGGCUGUAAGGCUGAACAACUGGCCAUCCGUUAUACGAUAGGACAAUUUACCGCCCCCGCCGCUGUCGCACACCCAUCUCAUACCGCCGGAGGCCUCGCCCCAAUGGACCUCUCCGCUCUCCAAGCCCGUCCCGCUCAAUGCCCUGCCACCGAACAACGAUGCACCUUUGUCAAUAGACAACGCAAGACCUCGCCGCUUAAAAACAAUGGAGAAGGGACAACAAUCUCUGUAUGUACUGCGCCAACCCCGGCCAUGUCUUCGCCAACUGCCCUUCUGUCAAUCGCCCGCGUGGGAACCAACCGGUUAUGGGUGGCACCCUUCUCGCACCCGCUCAUACUGCCGCCGAUCCAGCUGUCCCACCGAUCACUAGCUCCCCCUCCUCUAAGUCGGGUUUUCAGUAGUCCCGGACUUGAUCAAUGGCCCCUGCCGGGACCUCCUAAUGUUUCUCAUUUGUCUGCGUUUUCUAUCCCUGGCUUCUCGGUAUCGUGUGUGGAGGAUAAAUUGGAUGGGGAUCAUUUUGUUGCUUCUUGUAAAAUUGUAAACAAUAAAAUAUCUAUCCAAACUCACGCAUUGAUUGAUACCGUUUGCUCCGGGUUCACAUUCAUUGAUGAAACAUUGGCGCGCUAUAAUAACCUCCCAUUUUUAACUCUUAAAUCACCCCGCACUCUUGAAGUCAUCGACGGACGGCUCAUAUCCUCCGGAGAGAUUACCCACCUGUGCUACCUACCGCUGUCAAUUGACUCCCACCAUGAAACUAUUCCCUUCUUCGUCACCAAACUCGGCUCGUACCCACUCGUACUCGGAAUCCCUUGGCUUCAAUUACACGAUGCCACACUACGGUUUAAAGAUAAUAGCAUACUGUUGGACUCCGAAUACUGCAACUGCAAGUGCAACUCCUCCGCAACACCCGUUCCCAUUAAAGGAAUUGCACCACCACCCCGCCUCCACCUCGCCCCUAAGGAAGACUGGAGAAACCGAGCUCCAACCUGGUACAAGAGGUUACAUAAAAUGAUGAACGAGAAGUUCGGUAGCGGAAUGCCGCCAGGCCGCCCCAAUGAUCAUAAGAUACCGCUUCAGGAAGGAAAAGAUCCCCCGUUUGGGCCACUCUAUGGUAUGUCCUGUGAGGAACUCAUCAUGCUUAAGCAAUACAUACAGGACAACCUUAAAAAGGGCUUUAUUCAGGCCAGCUCUUCCCCCACCGGUGCUCCUGUCCUAUUUGUUACAAAGGCUGAUGGAACACUUCGUCUCUGUGUUGAUUAUCGCGGCCUCAAUGAACUCACCGUUAAGAACCGCUAA